UCCUUUCUCUCUCUUGAUUAAUCUUCCUUUCUUCCCAACUCUCCUCUCGAAUCGAUUUCAAUAUGACACUAUUUAGGAGGUUAGGGUUAGGGUUUGUAGUCACAGCACCGAUCGCUUUUGGAUUGGUGUAUAACCACUGUUUUGAUCUUAAUUUGUUCAAUUCAUUUCUGUUUUUGAUCGUAUCGAUGGGGUUUUGUGGGGCUUUUAGCAGUUUGUUGCACUUUAUGCUUCCUAGAAAGAGACCUGUUCAAGAAGGCGACUCUAGUGACGGAGAAAACUUGCUCAAGAAGCAUUGUGUCGGUUGUUUCAUCUCUUCAUCGGAAUCCUCCACCGGAAAAUCAACAGCCACCGAAGCUAAUACGACGCCCAAGGACUGUAACAAGAGCGAUAGCAGCGUUAUCGGGAGCAGCAGCAGUAACCUAAGCAGCGCUAGUAUUAGAGUAUUGCCGGAUAUGGCUUUUGGUAAUGGGAAUCCGAUGGAUAUCGAUGAAGAUCUGCACAGCAGACAGCUAGCUGUGUACGGACGCGAGACUAUGAGGCGGCUCUUCGCCUCUAACGUCCUUGUCUCCGGGAUGCAAGGCCUCGGUGUCGAAAUUGCGAAGAACCUUGUACUUGCUGGUGUCAAGUCUGUCACAUUGCAUGAUGAGGGGACAGUGGAGUUGUGGGAUUUGUCCAGCAAUUUUAUUUUUUCAGAGAAUGAUGUUGGUAAGAACAGGGCCCUUGCAUCUGUUCAAAAGUUGCAGGAGCUCAACAAUGCUGUGGCCAUUUCUACGUUAACCUCAAAAUUGAUGAAAGAACAACUUUCUGAUUUCCAGGCUGUGGUUUUUACUGACAUUAACCAAGAGAAAGCCAUUGAGUUCAAUGAUUACUGCCGUAAUCACCAGCCUCCUAUUGCAUUCGUCAAGGCUGAAGUUAGAGGCCUUUUUGGAAGUGUGUUUUGUGAUUUUGGACCUGAGUUUACAGUUGUUGAUGUUGAUGGCGAGGAACCACACACGGGUAUUAUUGCUUCCAUCAGUAAUGAUAACCCUGCAUUUGUGUCAUGUGUUGAUGAUGAAAGGCUUGAGUUCCAGGAUGGAGAUCUUGUUGUGUUUUCUGAAGUCAAGGGAAUGGCAGAACUCAAUGACGGAAAGCCAAGAAAAAUCAAAAGUGCAAGGCCAUACUCGUUCAUUCUUGAGGACGACACUACAAUUUUUGGUACUUAUGAGAAAGGUGGUAUUGUAACACAGGUGAAGCAGCCCAAGGUGUUGAACUUUAAGUCAUUGAGAGAAUCACUCAAAGAUCCUGGUGAUUUUCUUCUGAGUGAUUUCUCCAAGUUUGACCGCCCACCUCUACUGCACUUGGCAUUCCAAGCGCUGGAUAAGUUUGUUUCUGAACUGGGACACUUCCCUGUUGCUGGCUCAGAAGAGGAUGCUCAGAAGCUGAUAUCUAUGGUCAGUGAUAUCAAUGAAAGCUCUGGAGAUGGGAAAGUGGAAGAUAUUAACCCGAAACUUUUGCGGCACUUGGCGUUCGGUGCCCGAGCAGUUUUGAAUCCCAUGGCUGCCAUGUUUGGUGGUAUCGUUGGACAGGAGGUCAUGAAGGCAUGCUCUGGAAAGUUCCAUCCACUUUUCCAGUUCUUUUACUUCGACUCAGUUGAAUCACUUCCCACGGAACCUCUAGAACCCAGCGAUCUCAGACCAUUGAAUAGCCGUUACGAUGCACAGAUUUCAGUUUUUGGGUCGAAACUCCAGAAGAAACUUGAGGAUGCUCAGGUGUUUGUUGUGGGAUCUGGCGCACUGGGCUGCGAGUUUCUGAAGAAUUUAGCUCUGAUGGGAGUUUCCUGCAACAGCCAAGGAAAGAUGACAAUUACUGACGAUGAUGUCAUUGAGAAGAGUAAUCUCAGCAGGCAGUUUCUCUUUCGUGAUUGGAACAUUGGGCAGGCAAAAUCUACUGUUGCUGCUUCUGCUGUAUCAUUAAUAAAUCCUCGUCUCUAUAUAGAAGCUUUGCAGAACCGUGUGGGCCCCGAGACUGAGAAUGUUUUUGAUGAUACCUUCUGGGAGAAUCUAAAUGUUGUUAUUAAUGCCCUCGAUAACGUCAAUGCCAGGCUUUAUGUUGAUCAGAGAUGUUUAUAUUUCCAAAAGCCCCUUCUUGAGUCGGGAACCCUAGGUGCAAAGUGUAACACUCAGAUGGUCAUUCCUCACCUGACCGAAAACUAUGGUGCCUCAAGAGAUCCCCCAGAGAAACAAGCACCCAUGUGCACUGUUCACUCAUUCCCACACAACAUUGAUCACUGCUUGACAUGGGCUCGAUCAGAAUUUGAAGGCUGGCUCGAGAAAACACCAGCAGAAGUGAAUGCUUUUCUUUCAAAUCCGAGCGAGUAUGCAUCUGCAAUGGGGAAUGCUGGUGAUGCUCAGGCCAGGGAUAAUCUCGAACGUGUUCUGGAGUGCCUUGACAGUGAAAGAUGCGAAACAUUCCAAGAUUGCAUUACCUGGGCCCGUCUAAAGUUUGAAGAUUAUUUUGCUAGCCGUGUGAAACAGUUGAUUUUUACUUUCCCUGAAGAUGCCGCAACCAGUACAGGGGCUCCAUUUUGGUCCGCCCCUAAGCGCUUCCCCCAGCCACUGCAAUUCUCCGUUGCCGAUCUCAGCCACCUGCAAUUUAUUCUGGCAGGAUCGAUACUACGGGCGGAGACAUUUGGCAUCCCAAUUCCGGAUUGGGCCAAGAACCCUAGGAAGUUGGCUGAAGCUCUUGAUAAAGUGAUGGUCCCUGAAUUUCAACCGAAGAAAGAUGUGAAAAUUGUGACCGAUGAGAAGGCUACCAGCCUUUCCACUGCAUCUAUAGAUGAUGCAGCAGUCAUCAAUGAACUAAUCAUGAAGCUAGAACAGUGCCGGAAGAAUCUGCCACCUGAGUUCAGGAUGAAACCAAUUCAAUUUGAGAAGGAUGAUGACACGAACUACCAUAUGGAUUUCAUAGCCGGGCUUGCGAAUAUGAGGGCGAGGAAUUACAGUAUUCCUGAAGUUGAUAAACUGAAAGCCAAAUUCAUAGCUGGAAGGAUUAUACCUGCAAUUGCAACCUCCACGGCAAUGGCCACUGGUCUCGUUUGUCUGGAGCUGUACAAGGUUCUAGAUGGAGGACACAAAGUAGAGGACUAUCGCAACACAUUUGCCAACCUAGCACUCCCUCUGUUCUCCAUGGCUGAGCCAGUCCCGCCUAAAGUCAUAAAGCACCGAGACAUGAGCUGGACUAUUUGGGACCGUUGGAUUGUUAAAGACAAUCCAACUUUGAGGCAACUUCUCCAAUGGCUCGAAGACAAGGGGCUGAAUGCAUAUAGUAUUUCAUGUGGAAGUUGCCUGCUCUACAAUAGCAUGUUCCCUCGUCACAGAGAAAGGAUGGACAAGAAGAUGGUGGAUUUGGCUAGGGAGGUGGCUAAGGUGGAACUGCCGCCGUACCGUCGGCACUUGGAUGUGGUGGUGGCUUGUGAGGAUGAUGAAGAUAAUGAUAUCGACAUCCCGCAGAUUUCCAUAUACUACCGUUAAGGUUUGUUGUUUGAAUAAUCAUGAAAGUGUGUUAAAGCUAGAGACUCUAGGUUGAGAAUACUGUAUUCACAUUUGUCUUUCAAUUCUGGUGUUCCAGUCGAGGAUGAGCACACGAAAUUGAUAAAAUUUACUAUAUUAGCUGCACAUUACAUAUAUAAUCUCUGAGAGUUAAAACAUUGAAUACCUGUGAUU